GAAAUGAUUCGGUUAUAUAUGUUUCUUAGGUAUUUCAUCAAAGCAAUCAACGAUGUCAGGCGAGAGGGGUCUUACUAAACUGAAAUCACUUUCACACAGAGGUAGUAAAUCUGAUAAAAAUGAGAAAAAACAAGUGACCAUCUCGAAAUUCUUCGCAUCAAGAGCGGUUAAAAAUGAUUCUGAACUAGUCAUUAUAGAUGACUCUUCGAGGGAUUGCCCGCGUGUCGGUGAGGAAAAGGUUUCCUCACCACUGAAGAAACGACGUAGGAUAAAUUUGUCCAACGUGAAUGGUGGCAGGCCUAAAAAGCAGUAUUCUGAUGACAGUGAUGAUGAUGAUGUGGUACCUUGCCACACACAUGUUUCUGAAAUGGAAGUUGAAUCAGGUCUCUCUUCUGAGAUCAAAAUUGGCAAAAAUUUCGCAGAUGAAGCUUCAAACUUUAAAAAGUUAACCGUAUGUAAGACAAAUGAUCAAAGCUGUGGGACAAGUUUGACCCAUCCUGUUUUAUCUGGUGUAGACAAGAGAACUUCACUGACUGAAAAUACAAAAAGUAAACUGCAACAGUUUGAAUCUAGUGCAGUCAAAGAUGAGGGAUCUAAUACUAGAGAAGUAGUAAGUUUAUUUGAACUAAAACAGAUUAGACAUUUAUCCAAUAUUUCUUCAGUUUCCACCAGUUUGUUAAAAGAAAAUGACUCGGAAGGAAAAAAGAGUGAUAGCGAUGAUGAACACAAUGUCCCAUGCACUUCAAAAUCAAGAAAAUCUGCAGGAACUAGUGAUGAAGAAUACAAUCUACCCUGUACAUCCAAAUCUGUACCUUCAGCAUUGAUGAAGACCAGUCAUAAAAGUACCUCUGCUUUGAAAUAUGAUAAAAAUAAAAGAUCUCCUACAACUACAGAGAAGAAGAACAAGUAUACUCCUCUAGAACAACAAUUCAUGGACAUCAAAGAAAAAUAUCCACAUGCUGUACUUUGUGUGGAAUGUGGAUACAAAUACAGAUUUUUUGGAGAAGAUGCAGAGAUUGCAGCUGAAGUUUUGAAGAUAUUUUGUCAUCUUGAUCAUAACUUCAUGACUGCAAGCAUCCCUACUCAUCGCCUUUUUGUUCAUGUUAGGAGACUGGUUGCUGCUGGACACAAGGUUGGAGUUGUAAAACAGAUGGAAACAGCGGCAUUAAAAGCUGCAGGGGACAAUCGAAGUGCACCAUUUACUCGAGAGUUAUCUGCCCUUUAUACAAAAUCAACAUUGAUUGGGGAAGAUGUGAACCCGCUUUUCCAAGUGGAAGAUGCUGGCAACUCGUCAUGUGAUGUUGGUGCUUCUUAUCUUAUGUGUGUCUAUGAAACUCAACCGAACAAAAAUAGCAAACAACGAACUACUGCCAUCUUUGCAAUACAGCCCUCCACUGGGGACGUUGUAUAUGAUAGCUUCGAAGAUAAUGCCAUGCAUGGAGAGCUAGAAGCUCGACUAUCACACAUUCAGCCAUCAGAAAUCCUUGUCCCAGACAACUUGCAUGAAGAUACAGACACUUUCAUACAUCGUCUUACAUCUAUCAGUUCCACCCCUGAUGACCGUAUGCGGGUAGAGAAGAUUGACGGCCACCAGCUGGAAUAUAACACAGCCUUUCAGACUGUCUCCAAAUUCUACACGUAUGAAAAUAAAGCUGGAAUUAACUUACUACAGGAAGUGCUACACCUGCCACAAACAGUCAUCUCCUGCCUGGCUGGAACAAUCACCUACCUGUCUGAUUUCAACCUAGAAAAUAUCCUUACACUGACCAGCAACUUUACUCAAUUUUCUGAAAAGUCAAAAUUCAUGCAACUUCCUGGAAACACUGUACGAAAUCUGGAGAUUUUCCAGAACCAGACUAAUGGACAGGAACAAGGGUCACUGUUCUGGGUAAUGAACCAAACUGUGUCCAGAUUUGGGAGUCGAAUGCUUCGAACUUGGCUAGGUAGACCCUUGCGAUCAGCAUGGGACAUCACAGAAAGGCAAACAGCAGUACAGGAUCUAAUAGAUGGACCAUGUGCUGAAACUUUGGCCAAGCUACGGGCGCUCCUUAGCAAGAGUCCAGAUCUAGAAAAGGGACUUGCAUCAAUCUAUCACAAAAAGUGUAGUGUAGCAGAGUUUUACUCCGUUUGUAAGGCCUUUAGCCAGCUACAGAGGGACAUUAGGCUUCUGGCCGAAUCACAAUGUCCACAACUAACCUCUGACCUUCUGAAAACCAUUCUGACCAAUGUACCAGACCUUUUAAAAGAUAUAAACUCAUAUGUGUCUUCCAUUAGGGAAAAGUCGGUCAGAGAUAAGGACAAGACAGGGAUAUUUGCAGAUGAAAGUAAGUUUCCCAUAAUCAUACAAAGGAAACAGGCUAUACAAGAUGUAUUGUCGGAGAUCCAGGCUCACAGACGGGAUGUACGCUUGAUUCUACGCAUUCCUGGUCUAGAAUAUGUCACUGUUAUGGGAAUUGAGUUUCUGAUCGAGGUGAAAAAUAAUUCUGUCAACUUGGUGCCACAGGAUUGGAUAAAAAUAAGCAGCACUAAGGCAGUGAGCAGGUUUCACUCACCUUUUAUAGAGAAGACUUAUCGCAGACUGCAGCAGCUACGUGAACAGCUGAAACUGGACUGUGACCAGGUGUGGCGAGAGUUUCUCAGCUCGUUCGGAGAAAAUUAUCAGAGUUACAGAAAAGCUGUCCAACAUUUAGCUACUCUGGACUGUUUGUUUUCACUGGCAGCUACUGCUAAACACCAUGACUACUGCAGACCUGAAAUUGUAGAUGAGGAUGAUUUCUGUAUUCAAAUUGAAAAUGGACAGCACCCAAUAAUUCAACAGUUAAUUGGAGAGCAAGAACAAUAUGUCCCAAACCAUACUAGGUUGUCUAAGGCAUCGACCAGGGUGAUGAUCAUUACUGGUCCAAAUAUGGGAGGAAAAAGCUCCUACAUUAAACAGGUAGCACUCAUCACCAUUAUGGCCCAGAUUGGGUCCUAUGUUCCUGCUGAAUCAGCUAAGCUUGGCAUCUUGGAUGCUGUCUAUACAAGAAUGGGAGCCACUGAUGAAAUCUACAGCAAGCGAAGCACGUUUAUGGUUGAACUACAGGAAACUUCAGAUAUCAUAGCAAAUGCUACUGAAAAGUCUUUAGUUAUCUUGGACGAGUUAGGGAGAGGUACUAGUACACAUGACGGAACAGCAAUAGCGCAUGCUACCCUCGAUUUCUUCAUUCAAAAGGUGAAAUGUUUGUGUCUAUUUGUGACCCAUUAUCCGGUGCUUUCUGAACUUGAACAUCAAUUUGUUGGGAUUGUUCAGAACUUCCACAUGUCAUUCUUUUUGAAUGAUGAAGAAGAGGCUGUAGGAGAUGCUGCACAGUCAGGAAGCGAUACAUCCGCAACAGAAUCCAUUACUUUCUUGUACCAGUUAGUGAUGGGCGUGGCUGGGCGGAGUUACGGUCUCAACGUGGCACGAUUGGCUGGAGUACACCCUAACAUCAUCCAGCGGGCAGCAUGUCAGUCACAACACUUUGAAACCAAGAUCAUGGAAAGGAGAAAUCAGCUGAAAUUAUUCCAGGCAUUACUUUCCUGCCCAGAAUCAGAGAUGACCGACAUUUUACUGGAACUUCAGAAGAGUGAGGACCAGAAGCCAUUUUCCACUGCAACAUAACAAUCCAGACAUAUCUUGAAAGCUUUGUACCAGUCCUUGUCACUGAACCCUCUGUAGACAAUAUAACAAUAGUCUUGUGCUUUAUUGCAUGAUGGUCUUUUUACUGAGAGUUAUUUGAAACAGACAUUAAGAUCUGAUUUCAUUGUGAUAGAAUUCCUUGGUAUUGACUAAAUGAAUCAAUGGCAUUCGAAUGAAAAAUAAAAAAUAGUUGACAUACAUAUGUGCUUCAAGAUCUUAACGUUUUAAGCUCAUCUGCCUGUAGGACAUAUGAGCUUGGGCAGUGACUGCUGAGGUGAAGGUUACUAGGUUUAUUCACAUGAUUUACCUUGAACCACUCUGAAGAUUACAAGAGUCUUAUGUGUUAAAAUCUUCAAAUUAAUUUUUCAUGGAAAUUGAAAAUUAACCCUGAGUUUUGAAGAGAAAACGUAUGUUAGAUUUUUAAUGAAGUCAUUGUUCCACUAAUUGGAGAUUUUCUUGACUUUGGACAACACAAGUAUGCAGUGUUAUGAGACGAGUUUGUAUUGCUGUGAGAAGAUAUUCAUGUGUGUGUAUCUUUAAUGGUAUUGAUGCAGAUGAUUACAGUGGUACAAAAUAAAACAUUGUAUUUCAGGUUCAUUUCUAGUUUGGUUUUACU